AUGGUUGUAACUUCAACAAAUGCCAAUGAGAUGCUGAGCCUUAGCCGCUGGAGUUUGUGCGUUGUCGGUGUUUGGCCAGAUUUAAAAUCCUCCAGACAGUUCGCAACAAUAUCAUACAUUAUAUUUAUGACUUCGAUAGUCUCUAUUUGUAACUUUCUUAUUAUACCACAGACAAUGAAGCUUUUUCUAAUUGGCAAUGAUUUAGACAUGAUUGUUAAUAUUCUUUGUACCGCAAAUAUCCCUCAGAUCGUCACUCUUAUUAAAAUGAGUAUUUUUCGUUACGAUUCUACAGAAGUAAAAUCUUUAUUGCACACUAUGUACAAAGAUUGGAAUUCAGAAUACACGUCUGAGCAGGUCAAGAUGAUACGUUACAGUGCAAAAGUUGGGAAAAGGAUUGCAGCUGCUUGUAUUGGCAUCGGUUACAUCACGUCGAAUAUUUUUUUUAUUUUGAGACUUAUACUACUUCAAGAAGAGAAAUCAUAUUCCAGUGGACAUGUGUUUCUCUUUGAAUCCCACUUUCUUAUCGAUGUCUCUAAUUCGCCUUGGUUCGAGGUCAUCUGGCUGCUUCAAGGCUUUUGUACCUUUUCCAUGACUAAUGCUUAUUCCGGCAUUGACGGCUUUUUUGCAAUUUUGGUCCUACACCUUUGUGGACAACUUGAUGUUUUGUUGGACGAAAUAAAUAUGUUAUCCAUUGACAAUGCAAAAAUGGAUGUCAAAGAAAACAUUCGGAGUAUAAUAAAGCGACAGAACGAAAUUAAUGCGUUUGUUAAGAUGAUACAAGGAAUAUUUGGUCAAAUAUUUCUUAUCCAAGUGUCGGCAUGUGUUGUGCAAUUUUGUUUGCAGGGAUAUCAGAUGAUACAUAUUGUUACAAAUGCAAAGGUAGAAAAACCUAUACUUCAACUGAUGUUUAUGACAAUGUAUUUACUUUAUUUGUCAUUGGACUUUUAUAUAUAUUGUCAUGUUGCAGAAAAGUUGAGAACGAAGAGCUUAGAAGUAUCACAGGCAGUUUAUAAUUGUAAAUGGUAUGAUUUCAAGACAAAGGAAGCAUAUGAUAUUAUUUUUAUUAUGAGCCGAGCUCAGCACCCACUCGAAAUCACUGUUGGAAAGUUUUGUUCCUUAUCAUUAAAUUUAUUUGCCAUAGUGCAACAGCAACAGCAGCAGCAGCAGAAACGAGUAGCUCAAUGUAGGGUUAACUGUACUUCGUACCUUUAA